AUGGCGCGGUCAUCUGAGGAGGAGCGCGACGUGCUGGGCCUGGUGGGUGGCCUGCUUGGGCUGUCCAGUGGAGACCGCACCUCUCUCGGGGCCCGCCUGGCUGACUGCGGCAGGCUCUUCGCCGCUGUGGUCAACAUCUUCGCAAACAUCUCCCUCGUCACCACCACCGGCGUAGAACUCUGCACCGGCAGGUCGGCGGAAACAGAGAGGGCCUCCAUCACGGCCUUCAUCUUCUCCGUUUCCGUAAUCAACUUGGUUAAGGCGGUGUCGCUGCUGAUGCAGUGGCGGCGCCUGCGUCGCCUCGUGGGCAUCCUGGAGGCCAUCCGCAGCAGCUUCCGGGACUCAGGGGGAGCCCGCGGCCGCUACUCGCGCCACGCCGCCGUCCUCGGCCGCACCUGGGUGAUGAUGGCGACGAUGAACGUGACCUUCUGGUGCCUGGACCCGCUGAUCAGCCAAGCACUCGGCGGCGCGGAGCAGGGCCGCCAACUGCCGCUGCCGCUGUGGCUGCCUUUCGACCAGACCCAGCCGUCCAACUAUGGGCUCCUCUUCCUGCUGGAGUCCGCGGUGCUCAUAAGCGGUGUCCAGCUCUCCCUUUUCAUCGACGCUCUCUUCGUAACUCUCAUCAUAAACGUCACUGCCGAGAUACACGUCCUCAACAGCAACAUUCACAAUAUAAAAAAUGCAACUGUCCGUGUAGCUGGUCCACAGUCGAUGGCCGCUGCAUCCGCGUUCAUUGGGACGGCGCAAAAUAUGGCAAUUGGAAACGAGUCGACACUCAUCGCAACUUCUUCUAGACCCGAUAUUGGUUGUAUCAAUUUUUCGACAUCUGACUUCACUUCAACAUACCCCAAUAACGAAAAAAGUGCUAACGAUGAAAUGUAUCAACUAUUAGUAGAGAACAUCCGGCACCAUCAACUCAUUAUCAUGUAA